UGUUCGUCCCAGGCAAGUGAGGAAGUACGGACCUCUCUUGAGAAACUUAUUGACACCCUCAUCCUCCAUCAUGGCAUCUGCAGCGGAUUGGAAGCUGAAAAUGGACGCUGCCCCUGAGGCAAAGAAAGCGCAGUACCGGUUCUUCUAUGAGAAAGCAUUGAAGAGGGAGGAGGAAGAGAAAGAGAAGGAGAGGGAGGAGAAGGUCAAGGCUCAUGAAGCCAUUUUCUGUACCUUGCCUGCCCUGACCGAUGAGGAGGUGGAAGAGAAAACCGUUCCACUCCUCCGGGCUUUGGUGGAUGUCCGGACUGUUGAGGACCACACUGGCCAACUCGCCAAAGUGUUCGAUGAAAGUAAGAAGUUGCGCGAGGACAUGGCCCUGAUGGCGCAACAGCACCGUGACCAGCUGCAACAGCUUGCUAAUGUGCAGCCAGCCCAAAGCACCCUUCCAUCUACCUACCUUGCUUCUAGUGCUGCGUGUCAGUAUGUUUUUGCCCCUUUAAAUGUGUCUUCUUCAACUUCUUCUUCAUCCUUGAGUGUGGCUAACAGCCAAUCCGGAUCUGUAGCAGGUCCAGACCCCACUGCUGCUACUGCUGCUGCUGCUGCCGCAGCAGCAAGUGGUGGUGCAGGGAAUUCUGGAACUAUUGCAGCCCCGGGCCCGGACCCAGCAAUGGCUGGGCCAGGCGGCAGCUUUGCUUACAUCGACAGGAAGGCGGUGCAGAUUCCGUCCAAGUAUGACGGAAAGGACGACGUUGAGUCUUGGAUCAGCUCCAUGCGAUCCUACUUUGAUGUAUUGGGGACACCCCCGUCCACUCAAUCGUCUAUCCUGGGGACCAAUGUGGAGCCCGUCGUGCGGGGUUUCCUAGAAACCCAAACUGUCCAAUCAGGCUAUAAGAGAAUAGACCUGAACAAAUGGCAAAAGGCUACGCCUACUGCCGCACUUGAGGAUCUCUUGAUCAAGCAAUAUGAUGAUCCACAUGUUGCACCUAAGGCAAGACUCAAGCUUGACAAGCUCAAGCACAGCAAGUGGACCGGCACCAUGCACAACCUGCCGCAGUAUGUGAGUAAACUCUUUGCUACUCCGAAUCUGGAGAUGACUGCGCAGUCUUGUCUGGAUGUGAUAAAAGGUACGGUCCCCUCUACUCUAAAAGAUCGCCUAGGACUCGGGCUCAGCGGAUACAUAGAUUGGCUUACCCUCAUGCGGGACUUAGUCAAGUUGGAGGCACAAGACCUCCCGGGUGGAUCAAGUGGCAAAAAGGCCACUGGCCGCAAACGGUUUCCAGGCAGCAACCGUUUUGCAGCACAUGAUCUGCUUGAGGCUGACGAGGAGACCCUCGUGGAUGAAUCUUCUCUUGAUGACGAUCAAGAGCAAGACUGMGGGGCAUCUUGCUCUUUGUCAGCCGAUGAGUCUGAGUGUAUAAAUGACGAUGAAUCUAUGAAUGCCUUUAAAAAGACUGCCUUCAAAAGUAAGGGACCGAGGACCACGAUGAAGAACAACACUAACACUAUCCUUCUUCCCAAGGGAGCAAAGAUUCCACCAAAACCGGAAGAUCCUGCCACAAAACCAUGGGUAGAUCUCCGGAUUAGUGAAAGUGGAUGCAAGGUCUUCAGCAAGAUCGAUCUCAAGUCUGGCUACCACCAGAUUGAAGUCGAACCUGCAGACCAGCACAAGACCGCAUUCAAAACUCGCGAUGGGCUGUACGAGUUUACAGUCAUGCCCUUCGGUCUCACGAAUGCGCCAGCCACCUUUCAAAGUCUCAUGGAUAAAGUAUUUCGCACUCAGAUCAAUCGAUUUGUUGUUGUAUAUCUGGAUGACAUACUAAUCUUCAGCAAAUCCAUGGAGGAGCACAUGAGGCACCUUGAGGAAGUGAUGCAGAUCCUCAAGGACGCGCAGCUCCAUCUCAACUUGGAGAAAUCUGAGUUUGGGAGGGAUAGCGUCAUCUACCUUGGACAUCGGUUGUCUGUUGCAGGCCUAAAGCCCGAGGCAACCAAAGUUGAAGUCAUCCGAAAGUGGCCUCAACCUGCGAAUGUCCGCGAGUUGCGUUCUUUUCUUGGUCUUGCAUCGUACUACCAUAAGUUCGUGCCUAAAUUCUCUAUCACCGCUUGUCCGUUGUCUAAGCUAACAAGCAAGAAUGUGUCCUACACAUGGAAUGAAGAAUGCACGACAGCCUUUGAAGCACUUAAAGAGGCCUUGGUGAGUCAUCCGGUACUCCGCAUUGCAAAUCCCAAGCUUACAUUCGUAGUGACUACGGAUGCAAGUUUGUAUGGGAUUGGUGCGGUGCUGCAGCAAGAUGACGGUGAUGGCUUACGUUCGCUUGAAUUCUACAGCAAACGCAUGCCCAGUCACAAGGUAGCCGCUUCCACCUACAUGAGAGAGCUCUAUGCCUUGAGAGAGGUACUAGACCAUUGGAAACACUACCUCUUGGGUCACCAUUUCAAAGUGUUCUCAAACCAUGAGACCAUGAAAUGGAUUUAGACACAGGUUAACCCAUCAACCACAUUGACCCGAUGGCUGCAUGAGAUUGAUGUGUAUGAUUUUGAACUCAAACACAAGAAAGGCUGCUAUAAUCGUGUUGCGGAUGCU